AUGUGGGAGGUGGUGGCAUCCACGCUUGGCCUCGAGGCCGACGCGAGCGGCCGCGCCGUGGAGGGGGCGGGCCUCGCGAAGCUCAGGGCGCGCGCCAUGCUGCUGUCCUUGGAGAACAUCGGGGGCCGCCAGGCCGCGUGGCCAAUGGCAGUGCAGCAGGCGGCGUGGCGUGACCGCGCGAAGGCGCAAGGGCGUAUGGUGAGGCCCCUGGCACUCGGCGACCGGGUGGCGUCGCGCGUGAAGGGCGCGCCUCGGUCGAUGCUGGCCGAGAGGGCCGCGGACCUGGAGUCGCUGAGCGCGCGGCUCGUUGGCCGCGAGAGCGUCGAGCAGAAGCGACUGGAGCCCAGGUGGAUCAUCGAGUCUUCCAGCUCCUUCGCGGCGGCGCCCAAGGCGCCGCCUGCUGCCGGCGCGCUGCUGGCGAUGGUCCCAUCGUUGGAGGCCUUUUCUGGGGUGUUCCAGGAGGUUUUCGGGGCCGCCGAAAGCGGCGCGGGCGCUCUCGGCGAGGUGGCGCCAGAGGACAUCGGUUGCCCAGCGUGCAGAGGGCAGCGCGGGGGCCGCGCGAGGGGCGAGCCUUGUCGCCUUGGACCGCUCCUCCGAGACGGCGGCGGUGGAGUUUUGAUCGCGGCGGCGGCGAUGCAUAUUCGUGCCCGGCGUGCCGAGGGCGUCGCGUGGGUCAUGCUCGCGGCCGCCCUUGCCGACGAGGCGGGGGGCCAGGGGUUGGCGAGCGCCGGCUUCCGCGAGGAGCGCGAGGGCUGGGGGCGGGCGCCCCUGGAAGGAGUGGGCUCGUUGCGGGGGAAGGGCGCGUGCUGGCCCGUCGGCGCUCGAGAGCGCUGUGGCCUCCGUGCCCCGGUCAUUGUGCCGAUGUCGACGGCCUUCGCCAAGAAGCCCCCUGGCGAGGCGAGGGGGUUCUACGCCGCGAGUGUCGACAUUGGAUCGUCGCGGGCGCCCUUCGCCCUGGCUGCGACGAGCGCGUGGCGCGUCGGAGCCCUCGGCGUUGAGGCGCGGCGCGCCCAGAUAGCGAUCUGUGAGCUCCAGGCAUCGCCCCGGGCGCGGGCUGAGAAACAGGGCCGCGAGCUCCUGAAGAUGACGGUUGAGCUCGAUGGCUGCCGAUGCCAGCUGCAGCGGUCGUCUGCCGACCCAGCUGUCUGGGCGGCUCGCGACCAGGAGACCGACCAGACGUUGGGCCUGCUCCUCGCGCGCGUGGGCGACUUCAUCCUGGUGGGCCCGAAGGGCUUGGUUGAGGACCUCAAUGCUGCGGCGUCGGAGGCCCUGAUGAUAGGCGAGCGGGCCCUUCGAUAUUGGGCUGGCAGCCGCGGCUUCGGUCUGCUUUGCGCGGCAGGCAGCGCGGGCGACACCGAAGAGACCGACGAGAUUGUGCUCGAGGUGUACACCGAUGCUUCGAUGGGGGAGGCCGGCGCCCAGAGCGUGGCGGCGCCCGCCACGUUCGGCCAGGUCGUGGAUUGCAGGAGCACCCGCCAGGCGGUGGGGCCAUUCAGCACCGCCAAGGCGGAAGUCGAAGAAAAUGCGGUCGGGGAGACGAUGCUGGCGGCUACGAGGGCUACCCUGGAAUCGCUGGGAUCCCUGGUGUCGCCGGAGAUGCUGGUCGACAGCGCGGCUGCGAACUUGGCGCCGUCAGGGCAGGGGUUGUGGACGGCCAGGCCUCUGACUACAAAGGCGCGCGCGGUGCGGUCGCGCGCGCAGAGAGGUUUCCUGAUGAUUACUCAGGUAGGCACCGCUGACCAGCGAGCCGAUGGGUUGACCAAGUCAGGCGGCCCGAAGGCAGUCGCCAUCUCCAGUGCACCCGUGCGCGCCGCGCAGCGCGCCGCGCCGGCAGAGCAGCAGCGGGCGCGGCGUGCGCGGGGCGCCGGGCGCCGCGUGCGCGCGCGGGCGAUGGGCGGCUCACUGGCGCCCGCGUGCGCGGCGGAGCACCCGCUGGCGCGCUGCGCGCCGGAGUGGGCCAGCGGGGAUGCGCCCGACGGGGUCUGCGGGCGGGGCCGGCGGAGGGCGGGCGGGAAGUUUGUGGACCCGAACUUCAGGCUGGAGGCGACGACGUGGAUCCGGCUGCCCGACCUGCUCGAGAUGAACGGCUGCCUGGAGGCCGGGGACCUUGAGGGCACCCCGCGCCUGGUCUGGGACGACUGCAUCGAGCCCGGCGACCUGACGCAGGGCGGCUUGGGCAACUGCUGGCUAGUGUUCCCGCACGCCGUGCGGGAGCUCUUCGUGGAGGUGGACGUGGCCCGGGGCAGGUAUGUCGUCCGGCUCUACGACAUGGACAGGGCCGCUUGGGAGAAUGUGGAGGUCGACGACUUCAUCCCGUGCACCCGGGAGGAGGACUGGAGCAGGCUCAAGGUCACCUCGGGCGCCGACGGGGGCAGGCGCUACAGGCACGAGGACGUCUACGACCAGAGGGGCCGCAAGAAGGUGCCCGGCAAGUGGGCGGUGGCCAAGUUCGUGGGCUGCUACGCCCACCUCGCCGGCGGGUCCGAGCCCUACGCCCUCAGCGCCUUCACCGGCUUCCCCCUGGUCUACUGCUUCGCGCGGCCACCGGCAGGCGCCGACGAGGCGAAGGCGGCGCUCGGGCGGUGGGACCGGCACGGCUCUCAGCACUUCGGCCGAGGCGUCACGGGGCACGCCCUCGCGGAGGUGGACGGGGCGGAGGCGCCGCUCAACGACAGGGAGAUGUGGGCGAAGGUCAUCAAGUACGAGGCGCAGAACUACCUGAUGACGAGCUCGAUCACCAAGUUCCAGCAGCCCGAGAGCACCCGCGGUUUCUUCAGGCCAGACGGCCUCGUGCUCGGUCACGCGUACUCGCUGAUCAGUGGCAAAACUGCUGUCAAGAGCAACGGGGACGUUGUGAGCCUCGUCCUGCUUCGCAAUCCACACGGUGACGUGACAGAGAGUGAGGACGGAGUGUUUGACAGCCACUGGAGGGGUGCGUGGUGCAAUGGGUCUGCGAAUUGGGUCAAGCACCCGGAGGUGGCGGUGCAGGCAUCGGGGAUCUUUACUCCACCUAUCAGGCCAAACCUUCCGUCUGUCCUCCUCCGUCAUGCAGGCCCUACAGAUGUAUAG